AGCCUUAUGUUCCCUCCAAUUUUAUCGUGACAACUGCUUAUAAUAAGGCAUCGCCAAUCGUACUGCCGCUGGUGCGCCAGCUCCUGACUCAACCGGACUCUUUGUCUUCGUUGAAACGUUUACCGCCUGCGUGACCUUUCUAUUGACAUGUUAUCUGAGUUCAGUUGACGAGGCCCUCGCAUCAAGCACAACUUCUCUUCGCCAUGCUGCCAAAUGCUCUGGUAUUGGCUGCAAGAAGUAAUUCUGAUCGGAAUCUCUAAAGAACUUGUCGGUCGAUCAAUUAGGAUGCCCUAUACUUCAGCUGAAUUUUCACUGGCAAGGGAGUUGCAAUCUUCUUCUCGCGAGACCGCUCUCCAAGUUCUGUCUUAUGCAUGGGGAGACUAUGGUUCUCGCCAUCAGUUGCCGGAGGAUCUUGGAAUUGAGAAUUUGAUGGCUUAUAUUGAUGGUCUGCUCAAUUUGUGCGUUGCCCGUGUUCGCGAGUGGAUAUCGUCCAACGUAGCUUGCUUCCAAAGCAGACAAGCAAGCAUUGUUGAGCUCACAAGAACACUUGAAAGUGCAACAGUAGGCUUGAAGAACAACUUUUGUAAACGAUUUCGUCGGUUUUCCAGACUAAUUACUGGACGCUGUUUUGCCUUGAGAUGCUAACGGAGAGCACAGAGAGGUGCAUCAAUCCUCCCAUAAACACGUCUAAGGUCUUUAGCAUUGCUUUUAAGAACACUGUAACCUUAUUUGUGUCGGAUGGCGAGUGCUAUAUUGCGGAUCAGACUG